UCUCGAUCCGGCCGGUCGUACCGCGCGUUAAACUAGCCAGCGGUCUUCAAACCAACGUCCAUUGUGUCUUGUGCUAAUAUCGUGCCGCCAUUUUUUAAGUUCUUUUACGUCCUUUAUAUUUCCUUUUGUAUCGUGUUUUAUUCAUUGGUUGUGUAGCAACCUGUUCUUCAAUCAUUUGAGGUUAUCCUUCUGUAUUCGGAAGAAAGUGUUGUGUAAAAAAGAGAAGGUAAAUUACAAAAUGGAUACGGAGAACGCACCAAACAAUCGCCUGGCAUCGUACAAAAAUGCCUCGAAAACGACCACGGAACUUCGGCAACGCCGGCACGAGGUGACGGUCGAGCUGCGCAAAAAUAAGAAGGAAGAUCAAUUGUUCAAGCGUCGUAACAUCACCGACGACGAUGGUCCGACCUCACCGCUGCAGGAAAACAACGCCCAAAGCCCGGUGACGCUCAAGUUCGAGGAAAUCAUGCAGUACGUGAAGAGCGGCGUGCCAAACAAAGAGUUUGCGGCCGUACAAGCGGCCCGCAAGAUGCUUAGCCGCGAGAAGAAUCCUCCCAUCGACAAGAUCAUCGGUCUCGGUAUGGUGCCGAUCUGUGUCAAGUUCCUGGAGGCGGCCGAUCGGCCGGCACUGCAGUUCGAAGCGGCUUGGGCGCUGACGAACAUCGCGUCCGGUACGUCCGAUCAGACGAAGGCCGUCAUCGAAGCGAAUGCCAUUCCACGCUUUAUCGAUCUGCUCAGCUCGCCCUCGGUGACGGUGGCGGAGCAGGCGGUCUGGGCGCUCGGAAACAUUGCCGGCGAUGGGUCGAAGGCCCGCGAUAACGUACUCGAUUACAACAGCGUGGAAGCGAUCAUCAGUCUGGUGCGCAACCCGAACACACCGAUCUCGUUCCUGCGCAACAUCGUCUGGCUGAUGUCGAACCUGUGCCGGAACAAAAACCCUGCCCCGCCGUUCAACCGUGUCGAGCCGAUGAUUCCGUUGCUGUCGGUGCUGCUUGAUCAUGAAGACGCGCAGGUCCUUUCGGACGCCUGCUGGGCACUUUCGUACGUCACCGACGAUGACGCGGUGAAGCUGGACUCGGUCGUUGCGGCCGGCACGGUGCCGAAGCUGGUGCGGCUGCUCGGUACCAACAAUCCGGCCAUCAUCACGCCAGCCCUGCGCAGCGUCGGCAACAUCGUGACCGGCAAUGACACACAAACGGAUGCGGUCAUAGCGGCCGGUGCGCUACCCCUGCUGGCAAACUUGCUGCGCCACACCAAGAACACGAUCGUCAAGGAAGCUGCCUGGACGGUGAGCAACAUUACGGCCGGCAACCAGGGACAGAUCCAGCAGGUACUGAAUUCGGGCGUUUUCAACGUGCUCAUCGAUGUGCUGGCGCGGGGUGACUUCAAGUCACAAAAGGAAGCGGCCUGGGCCGUGACAAACACCACCACGGGCGGUUCGACCGAGCAGAUCAUUCAGCUGGUCGAAAAGUACCCGAUCAUGAAACCGUACUGUGAUCUGCUGGAGGCCAAGGACAGCCGUACGGUGCGCGUCGUGUUGACCGGGGUGACGAACAUCUUCCAAAUCGCGUCGAACAUUGGCGGAGUGGAGAACCUUUGCACGCUGUUCGAGGAGAUCGGUGCACUGGACAAACUGGAAGCGUUACAGAGCCACGAUAAUGAGGAAAUCUACCGGAAGGCGCUGGAGUUGAUCGAAACUUACUUCUGUGAUGGGGAGGAUGUUAAUCAGGAAUGUGCCCCGAAGGAAGCCAAUGGUGCGCUUGAGUUCAACCCAACCACCCCACAAAACGGAGGAUUCUCCUUCUAAGCACUGAAGACUGCAUCAUGAUCAUCAUUGUCCCUUUCUGUACUGUAGACGGUACACGAAUAUUCCAAAAUCUUACAAUGCAAACAAAAACCGAGGACUGUGUGGUAGGUGCCGGCGGGGGUCUGUUCUUUCGUCAGUUGUUUAGUAGAAAUCUGUGUAAAAGUAUGGUUUUGUUUUCGGAUUAUUUUUAAACGCCAAACGCACACACUAUUCAAUGCUUAUGGUCCGAUUGUUUUAGUUCGCUGUUUUGUUCCGUGAAUAUAUGAGGCAGUGGCCUUUUUCCCCAAAUGGUGUUUUUAUACGUCUUAUAAUGCCCCUCGUACCGUUUACAAUAAUCCCCAAUAUGGAAUCGCCUGAGACGGUCGUAAAUGUUUUUGAAAUAGAUUUACAUGAGCCAUUAAGUUAAGCAA